AUGAAAAUACGGUCGUACGAAGGAUUUAUCAUAUAUAUUUUGCUGCUUUUGUGUCAUGUUUUUGCAGAAGAACCCGAAAACGAAUGUCCUGAAUGGUGGCAUCGAACUGAGAAUUACUGCUAUUCUAGAAUCGAGGACAGAUAUACUUAUGAUGACGCAGAAGAGCAUUGCAAGAAGAAGGAGGCUAGACUUCCAACUUUUCUAAACAAAAAGGAAUUUGAUGCUCUUCUCAGGUAUCUUCGGGCGCCACGUAACUACUGGUUUGGAGCAAAACUGCAGGAUAAGCUAUUGUGGAACUGGACCGAUGGUACUCCUCUGCAACUUUCUGAGAUUUCGCUACCAAUUUUUGGACUUGGGAAUUUCAGUUGUGCAGUGCUGUCGCAGAAAGGUGUGCAAACUGUAGAGUGCACUACUUAUCAAAAUGCUAUUUGUAAGAGACCAAAAAGAAAGCUGUUUAAUCAGUUAAAUAAUUUAGAGUAUCCAAAACUUAAUUGUUUUCCUGGUUGGGAUGAAUUGGAACAGAAUUGUUAUUUACUAAGCACACAAGGUUUUGUACACGGCGCUGCAGUUAAGUUUUGUGAAAAUAAUGAAGCUAAUUUGGCAACUGUAUUUUCCAAAGAAGAGGAAGAAUUCCUAAAAACUCUGUUAGGUAAUAAGAGCGCUUACAUUGGAUUAGACCACAUUUCUACUAGAAAAAAUGCCUGGAUUCCGAAUGUGCCGGAUCGACUUGAUAGGAUCUAUAUCAACCUUACUAAAAAACGUAAUCCAAACGGAAAAUGCUUACAACUUUAUUACGCUACAAAACAGAUGGACAGCCAAAUCUGCGACGAGAUAGCAGAACUCACGUGUCAGCAAGAAAGUUCGGUUAUUUAUUAA